UUGUGAAAAUUCAGUAGAAGACAAGCCAACACGUGGAGAUAAAUACGGAAACCUUUCUUCUUUUCCCACUCCGAUGCAUCAGAUCAAACAUGACUGGAAAGGCACCGGAUCGUUGUAAUUGGUUUUGCAGUUCAUAGCUUCUUCUGUAUUGGUGAUACCAGUGGCGCUUAGAUUCUUCGAGGAAUAAUGGGUUCCCUUCGCGCUCCGCAUUGCUCUCUAGCUUCUUCGCAUGUUCAUUUGUCCGACAGAUUCUCACUCUCACGGCCUCAGCUGCGAUGGCGUAAGAACCCUUCUUUUCGUUCGACGAAAUUUUCGCAACCUGGGGUUUUCUCUCCAUUUUGUUAUCGCGAUUGUCCAUGGAAGCGCGGCUCUCAGAUCGUUUGUGGAGUUUUAUCCGCUUCUCAAGAAACUAUCAGGGAAGGUGAAGAGCAGAAGAUGAUCGGGAAGGUUCUUCUGAAGGUGAGGUUGGAUCAUCAAGUUAAAUUUGGGGAGUCUGUGGUAAUCUUCGGGUCGUCUGAAGAAUUGGGAUCAUGGAAAAACCCUACGCAUCUGAAAUGGAGUGAGAAGGGGUGGGUUUGUGAAUUACUGCUCAGAGGGGAUGAGUCAGUGGAAUUCAAGUUCGCCGUUGUUAAGAAGGAUGGGAGUUUGUUGUGGGAAUCUGGAGAUAAUCGGAUUCUCCAGUUGCCUAAGGUAGGGAGCUUUAAAUCAUUUCAUCGAUGGAAUAAAACAGGGGAGGGUGUGGAAAUGUUGCCUUUGGAUGCAGAGGAGAGUAAUGGAGGAUAUGAAACGUUGGAGAUCAAUGAAGGAGAUGAAAAGGACAAGAACAUUGAAGCUGGGAAUGCGUCUUUGGUUGAAGAUGAGGCCAGUCCUUUUGUUGGGCAGUGGAAAGGGAAGGAUAUCUCAUUUAUGAGGUCUAAUGAACAUCGAGACCGAGAGUCUGAGAGGAAUUGGGAUACUUCUGGUCUUGCGGGGUUGGCUCGACAGUUGGUUGAAGGAGAUAAAAAUGCCAGGAGUUGGCGGAAGAAGCUUGAAGUUGUGCGUGAAUUAUUAGUUGAAAAUGUGAACACUGAGGAGCGCCUGGAGUCGUUGAUAUAUUCUGCUAUCUACCUCAAGUGGAUAAAUACAGGUCAAAUCCCUUGUUUUGAAGAUGGAGGUCAUUUCAGGCCAAAUAGGCAUGCUGAAAUUUCUAGGAUUAUAUUUCGCGAAUUAGAACGAUUGUCCGCCCAGAAAGACAUUUCUCCCGAGGUGGCCCUCAUUAUUCGAAAAGUUCAUCCGUGUUUGCCAUCUUUUAAAUCAGAAUUUACUGCAUCUGUUCCUUUAACACGUAUACGAGAUAUUGCUCAUCGGAAUGAUAUCCCUCAUGACCUCAAGCAAGAAAUCAAACAUACAAUACAAAACAAGCUUCAUCGCAAUGCUGGUCCAGAAGACUUAAUUGCCACAGAAGCAAUGCUUGCAAGGAUAACCAAGAACCCCGGAGAAUACAGUGAAGCCUUCAUAGAGCAGUUCAAAAUAUUCUGCCGAGAAUUGAAAGAUUUCUUCAAUGCUGGAAGCCUUGCAGAACAACUUGAAUCAAUCAAGGAGUCUGUUGAUGAACGUGGCUUGUCAGCUCUUAGCUACUUUUUGGAGUGCAAGAAGAGCUUGGAUGCUGCAGACGAGUUGGGCAGUUCUUUCCAAAACCAAGGCACUGACCUGGUUUUCAAAACCAUCCAAUCCUUGAAUUCCUUGAGAGAAAUACUCGUAAGAGGUCUUGAAAGUGGCUUAAGAAAUGAUGCUUCUGAUACUGCAAUAGCCAUGCGCCAAAAAUGGCGUCUUUGUGAGAUUGGGCUUGAGGACUACUUAUUUGUUCUUCUUAGCAGAUUUCUAAAUGUGCUCGAGGCAAAAAGGGGUGCGGAUUGGCUGGCAGAAAGUGUGAAGUCAAAGAAUGUAAGCGCUUGGAAUGAUCCACUGGAUGCCCUUAUUUUUGGUACCCAUCAGCUGGGUUUAUCUGGUUGGAAGCCAGAAGAGUGUGUGGCCAUUGAAAAUGAGAUUUGUGCUUGGAAGGAGAGAGGUCUUGCUGAAAAGGAAGGAAGUGAAGAUGGCCAAAAGAUUUGGGGAUUGAGGCUUAAGGCUACUCUUGAUAGAACAAGGAGGCUGACCGAAGAAUAUUCUGAAGCACUUCUUCAAAUAUUCCCUGAGAAAGUUCAGGUGCUUGGAAAAGCAUUUGGGAUCCCUGAAAACAGCGUGAGAACAUAUGCUGAAGCUGAAAUUCGUGCUAGUGUAAUUUUUCAGGUAUCGAAGCUUUGCACUAUUCUUUCGAAAGCAGUCAGAAGCGUACUUGGAUCGCAGGGUUGGGAUGUUCUAGUGCCAGGAUCUGUUGUAGGAACAUUUGUUCAGGUUGAGAGGAUCGUCCCAGGGUCUCUUCCAACAUCCAUAGAAGGACCUGUUAUACUUCUGGUUAACAAAGCUGAUGGUGAUGAAGAGGUAACAGCUGCUGGGAGUAACAUAAAAGGAGUUGUGCUACUACAGGAAUUACCUCAUUUAUCUCAUCUUGGUGUCAGGGCUCGACAAGAAAAAGUUGUAUUUGUGACAUGUGAAGACGACGAGAGAAUUUCUUUUCUACGAACACUUCUCGGGAAUUACGUGAGGAUGGACGCGUCGGCAUCUGCAGUUCAUAUAUAUCCUUCAUCAGAUGGUAGCACUGAUAAUUUUCCUGUCAAAACUGCUCCAGACAAAUAUGUGCUUAAUUUUCAAGAGUCCAGUGAGCAAGACCCCUUGUUACGUGCCUCGGGAGCUCCCUACUCGAAAAAGGGAAUUUCCUCUGGAGUGGUACCACUUGCUGAUGCAGAUGCUCAAAUUGCAGGAGCAAAAGCUGCAUCUUGUGGUCGUUUGGCUUCUUUGGCUGCUAUCUCUGAUGAAGGUUUUACGAAUCUACAGAUUCCAGCUACCUUUCGAGUUCCUGCAGGUGCAGUGAUUCCAUUUGGUUCUAUGGAAUUGGCACUUGCUCAGAACAAUUCCUUGGAAGCGUUCAAAUCGAUUUUGGAACAAAUAGAAACAGCCAAAGUAGGAGUGGAACUAGAUGAACUCUGCAAACAACUCCAGGAGUUGGUGUCCUCUCUGCAAUUGACAGAAGACAUAAUUGAUAGUUUGGAGACAAUAUUUCCUAAAGAUGCACGCUUAAUCGUCCGUUCUAGCGCGAAUGUUGAGGAUUUGGCUGGGAUGUCAGCUGCUGGACUUUACGAUUCAAUUCCAAAUGUAAAUUUGAGAAAUCCAAUUGCGUUUGGGAAUGCUGUUUGCAAAGUAUGGGCAUCGUUGUACACUCGUAGAGCAGUUCUAAGCAGACGAGCUGCUGGGGUACCUCAGAAGGAUGCUUUAAUGGCAGUACUGGUGCAAGAAAUGCUUUCUCCUGACUUAUCAUUUGUCCUACACACGUUCAGCCCGACCGACCAAAAUGACAAAUCUGUUGAGGCUGAGAUUGCCUGUGGCCUCGGUGAAACUCUGGCUUCUGGCACUCGUGGCACGCCCUGGCGUCUCUCAUCUGGGAAGUUGGAUGGUCUAGUGCAAACACUGGCCUUUGCAAACUUCAGUGAAGAACUACGCGUUCUUGCUGCUGGCCCUGCUGAUGGAGAAGUGGCACAUUUGACUGUAGAUUACAGCAAGAAACCACUGUCUGUUGACCCGAAAUUUCGUGAGCAGUUGGGUCAACGUCUUUGUGCUGUCGGCUUCUUCUUGGAACGCAAAUUUGGCUGCCCCCAGGAUGUUGAAGGCUGCGUCGUAGGCGACGAUAUUUAUAUAGUCCAAGCACGCCCACAGCCAUUGUAGAACAUUCUGUCCUUACAAUGCUUUGCUGCUUGGAGGCAGAGAGAUGAAACAAUGAAGCUCAAUCAGGCUGCUGAUGCCACCAUCUCAAGCAGAUAACAUCCACAAAUAAAAUGUCAUUAUCAUCUGAAGUUUGUUUCUUAGUUAAUAGCAAUGUAAGAUGGCAGGUUCUAUAUCCAGCUGAAUUGAUGAUCGUUCAAUGCUCCAAACAGGGUUCCUUUGGCAGAUUAUUGGGUCUGCAGGGGUGUUCGAAAUCGUAGUAUGAUUCAAUAAAUUAUAUUGCUUAGAUAUUGUUCAAAAUUAUCGAGAAAAUUUAGAACCAUAAGCCUUAGACAUAAGAUCUUUAACGAAUCAUUGAUAGCACUUUA